GACCGUGCACGGUUGAUUCAAUUCAACCGAAAGUGUUUCACAUACGUGUUCUCUGCGCACAUUGUUAUACAAUAGAAAUACUGAAAUUAAAAAUAAGUCCCGCAAUGUUGACCAAACCGCUGAUCGGUUUACUCUUCGUGGUGACCUUCGCCGCCAGUACUUACAUCGGAUCCGCACCCAAUGCGGCUUUCUUGGAACGCAAACCUGCCAACAUCUCCCAUAACUUGAUCGUCGGAUCUCGCGUGAACGGUGAUUACCUCCUUCGUCAACAGAUCGUCCAAAAGUCGAGCUCGUGGCUACAGAUAGUGACAACGGAGGUCGCUUUCGAUACCGCUUACCAGACGAUCAGCCUGGUUCGAGCCCUUGACCAGAAGAACAACGGCAAAGGUGCUUACGCGUCCAUCACCCGUGGGGGUCCAGGAAACCGUAACGUCACCGUCCGUUUCAAAAGCCAGCGUGGACAUGGAAUUUCAUUUAUCCUGGAGAUCUACGGACGUUGAUGAUUCAAUCGCGGUAGCCUAGCAGUUUCGUCGCGGUGCAAUUUUUCCCUUGUCUCACACCAUACCGUUGAACGAUGUCUGGAAACGAAUAAAUAAUUUUCACGCUCGGCGAGUAA